AAGCUUUAGUUUGAAGGGACGCUGCGAAAGUGGUAGUGGAUGUGUGUACAGGUCUCGAACCGCUAGCUAAACUUUCGCUUUCCCUCCACUGAAUGAAGUGAUCAUGGCGACGUUUUUUGGUGAAGUCUUGUCUGUGUAUUCUCGGGCCGUGGAGGAAGACGACGAGGAGCUCGACGAAAACGAGGAAGAUAAAGAAAUCCGCAGAGAGCUGGAGGAAAAGAGGGAGGUUAAGCUGCACUGGAGCCCCGAAAUCUCUGAGUCGCUGACGUCUGGAAACCAGUUGCAGUGCUCCGACUUCAUCCUCGCCGUGGGACACAACGCUGCCCGGUUUCUGUCCGUGUACGUUCUCACCUCUGAGAACUGGGACGCAGUGGGCCAUGCGUCCAUGUGGAACGAGAGGAGCCGGCCCGAGACAGGGCUAACAGGCGGGGAGUCGGCAUGUGUUUUCUACAGAUACAAGAACAACCCAUCUGUCUUGAUGUGCCAGGUGACUUGCUACGUUGCAGAAGACCAGCUGUUCCAGUGGACGGAAAAGGUCUUUGGCUGCCUGCAGUGGAGACAGCUGAACGUGACCGUGCUGUCGGACAGCUCCGUGGCGGAGUACAAGACAGCCGACUACCUGUGCUGUAGCUCCGCCCCCUUUCUGCGCUCCCUCCACACCGGCGCUUUCCACGGUCAGCCUGUCUGCCGGUCACUGGAGCAACCCAACAUAAUCACUGGACUCCCAGCUGCAGUGCUGAACCACUGCGAGGUCCACCGCAUCGCCACAGUAGUUUACCAGUGUUACAGUGACGUCACCGGCCCUGACUCCGUCACCAUGGAGACCUUCAAGCCUGCACUAACUAAGCUCGGCGAGUCGAUACAGUUGGACCCGUCUCCAAGCAUAGACAUCCUCCGCAAGUUUGCCCGAACCACCAACAUCCAGAGUAAUCUUUAUAUCUGAAAAUGCCCAUGUUGCACUCUAUGCACUGCAGUUUAAUUUUAUUUUUUAAAUAAAGAAAUUAGGUAAAGAAAGCCUCUCUGUGAA